AUGGAGAAAUUCAAAGAGGAGGAAGUGGUUGAUAGUGCUGGAUGUAUGGCAAGGAAUCUGAGUGUGUUGGAAGUCCUUCUGAUCAUCUUCUUCCUAACUAUACUCGCCUUAGAUAUCUUCUUGAUGCUUUUGGUGUUGGGAAAUCCUUCAGGGUUUACCGCCAAGUUGAAAAGGCUACCUACCCCAUCUCUGUUUGGAUAUGAUGUCCCUGAUGCCCUCUUCGCGGCUGACUAUCAGACAUCCAAUCGUUUUCAUUUUAAGAUCACUGAUAUGGAUAGCAAACGCUAUGAAGUCACCCUUGAAAAUAUUGACUUGCUUGAUAGGACUCCUAAGACCUCUAAUUUGAACUAUCACGUAGAGGUCAUUAAUGAGCCCUUCAGCUUCAAGAUCAUACGGACCAGCAACAAAAGAAUCUUGUUGGACACGAGCAUCGGGCCCCUGCAGUUCGCCCAUCAGUACCUGCAGCUGUCUUUCCGACUGCCCAGUACCUCCGUGUAUGGGCUGGGAGAACACGUGCAUCAGCAGUACCUCCACAACCUGACCUGGAAGACCUGGCCCAUCUUCACUCGGGAUGCCACCCCCACCAAGGGCAUGAUUAAUCUGUAUGGAGCUCAUACAUUCUUCCUGUGCCUCGAAGACACCAGCGGCUCCUCUUUUGGGGUUUUUCUGUUGAACAGUGACGCCAUGGAGGUCAUCCUUCAGCCUGCUCCUGCAAUCACUUACCGCACGAUUGGGGGCAUCCUUGACUUUUAUGUAUUCCUGGGAAAUACUCCAGAACAAGUGGUUCAGGAAUAUCUGGAGCUCAUUGGACGACCAUUCUUGCCUCCCUACUGGAGUCUUGGGUUCCAGCUUAGUCGCAGGAACUAUGGCGGCAUCAAUGGAUUGAGGAAAGUUGUGGACCGAAAUCGUGGAGCUGGGAUCCCAUAUGACGUCCAGUACUCUGACAUAGACUACAUGGAAGGGGGAAAGGAUUUCACAAUUGAUAAAGAGGCUUUCCCUCGUCUCGAAGAUUUUGCCAAAGACUUGCAUGGCCAAGGAAUGAAAUAUGUAAUCAUGAUGCAUCCUGGAAUAUUAAAUGACUCUAAAUACCAGCCCUAUGAGACUGGAAGUGAGAAGAGAGUAUGGAUCUGGCAGGACAAUGAAUUUGCCAUUGGACAGGGAUAUCCCGGAUUGACGGUCUUUCCUGAUUUUAGCAAUCCAGUUUGUAUUGAGUGGUGGAGAGAGCAGAUCAGUGAAUUUCAUAAAACUCUCGAGUUUGAUGGAGUGUGGAUUGAAAUGGAUGAAGUAUCCAGCUUUCACCACGGGUCCAAUCGUGGGUGUGAGUCAAACCACUUGAACGUUCCUCCUUUCACUCCCAGAGUUCUGGACGGCUUCCUUUCUGCAAGAACCCUCUGCAUGGAUGCAGAAUUUCAUCAGGGCCUUCACUAUGAUGUCCACAGCUUGUAUGGCUACUCCAUGGCAAAAGCUACACACUUGGCCAUGGAGGGUAUCCCCUUAAACAAAAGUAGCUUCAUCUUAUCCCGUUCUACUUUUGCUGGGUCUGGCAAGUUUGCUGCUCAUUGGUUGGGAGACAAUGCAGCCACAUGGGAUGAUCUCCGAUGGUCCAUCCCUAGUAUCCUUGAGUUCAACCUAUUUGGUAUCCCCAUGGUAGGUGCCAACAUCUGUGGUUAUACAAAAAAUGUCACAGAGGAGCUCUGCAGAAGGUGGAUGCAGCUUGGAGCCUUUUAUCCACUAUCAAGGAAUCAUAAUGGGCCUGAGUUUGUGGAUCAGGAUCCUGUUGCCUUUGGCAGCCACUCUCUGCUGGUGAAUUCCUCCAAACAUUAUCUGAACAUCCGCUACACUCUACUCCCCUAUCUCUACACCCUUUUCUACCGAGCUCACACCCGGGGAGACACCGUGGCAAGGCCCCUUGUCCAUGAGUUCUACCAGGACCCAGCUACAUGGGAGGUACACGAGCAGUUCUUAUGGGGGCCUGGACUUCUCAUCACACCUGUUUUAUAUGAGGGUGUGGACCAAGUGAAGGCAUACAUACCGGAUGCCGUGUGGUACGACUAUGAGACAGGAGUAGCUAUCCAGUGGAGGAAACAACUGGUAGAGAUGCAGCUACCACCCGAUAGGAUUGGACUUCACCUCCGUGGGGGCUUCAUAUUUCCCACCCAGCAGCCCAGCACAACCACAGAGGCCAGUCGGAAGAAUCCCCUGGGACUCAUUGUUGCCUUGGACUAUAAGAGAGAAGCGAAGGGAGAGCUGUACUGGGAUAAUGGUGAAUUCAAAGAUGAAAAGUAUAUUCUGUAUGAUUUUUCUGUCGCUUCUAACCGUCUACAGGCAAAGGUUAUAAAUAAUAACUAUACGGACCCCAACAACCUCACGUUUACAGACAUCAUAAUCUUGGGAAUGGACAAGCAACCUAUGAAUUUCACUGUUUCAUUGAAGAAUUCUUACAGGCCCAUUUUAAAUGUUACCUACAAUGUUUCAUCAAAGGUGGUGAAGAUUACUGAUCUCAAGGGACUGGUACUUGGACAAGAAUUCUCCAUUAAAUGGGAACUUCCAGUCAGUGACCUGGAGAAAUUCAACUGCUACCCUGAUGAGCCCCCCCUCACUCUGGAGCAUUGCAGGAAGCGGGGCUGCCUCUGGGAGGACACAACUGUUCCUGGUGUACCUACCUGUUACUAUGACACCAUCCCUAAUUAUGCUGCCAGUAACAUUCAGUACCUGCCCACGGGCAUCACCACAGACCUCACCCACCUGAUGACCCCUGAAUCAACUCGAGCAGCCACUGCUGCUGGUUCUCUUUCUGCAACGAUCAGCUUCCUCCGCCUGAGUGUCAUCUACCACACAGAAAACAUGCUGCAGUUCAAGAUCUUUGAUGCUACUAACAAAAGGUACGAGGUCCCAGUGCCUCUGAACACGCCUCCCUCUCCUGUUGGCUCCCCUGAAAACCGUCUGUAUGAUGUCAGGAUUCAGAACAAUCCUUUUGGGAUCCAGAUUCAACGAAAAAGCUCCAACACUGUGAUUUGGGACUCUCAGCUCCCCGGCUUUACUUUCAACGACACGUUCCUCUCCAUUUCGACUCGCCUCCCCUCUCAGUACCUCUACGGCUUUGGGGAGACUGAGCACACAGCUUUCAGGAGAAAUAUGAGCUGGAACAUGUGGGGAAUGUUCGCUCGUGAUGAGCCACCCGCGUACAAGAAGAAUUCCUAUGGCGUCCACCCCUACUACAUGGCACUGGAGCAGGAUGGCAGUGCCCAUGGGGUGCUCCUGCUAAACAGCAACGCCAUGGAUGUAUCAUUCCAGCCCACUCCUGCCCUGACAUACCGCACCACAGGAGGGAUUUUGGACUUUUAUAUGGUUUUGGGGCCAACCCCCGAGCUUGUAACUCAACAGUACACUGAGUUGAUUGGUCGGCCAGCAAUGACUCCAUACUGGGCCUUGGGAUUCCAGCUAAGUCGCUAUGGAUACGAGAAUGAUAAGGAGAUCUCCCAAUUGUAUGAGGCAAUGAUGGCGGCCCAGAUUCCCUAUGAUGUCCAGCAUGUAGACAUCGAUUACAUGGACCGGAAGCUGGACUUCACUCUCAGCCCCAGCUUCCAAAACCUCGGUCUCUUGAUUGACCAAAUGAAGAAAAAUGGCAUGAGAUUUGUUCUCAUUCUGGACCCAGCCAUUUCUGGCAACGAGACCCAUUAUCCCACAUUCAAGAGAGGGCAGGAAAACGACGUAUUCAUCAAGUGGCCUGAUAACAAUGAAAUCGUCUGGGGAAAGGUUUGGCCAGAUUUGCCCAAUGUGAAUGUGGAUGCCACCCUUGACCAUGAAACUCAGGUUAAGCUGUACAGAGCCUACGUUGCUUUUCCUGACUUCUUACGUGAUAGCACAGCUGCAUGGUGGAAAAAGGAAAUACAGGAGCUCUAUGUGAACCCUCAAGAGCCAAAGAAGAGCUUGAAGUUUGAUGGAUUGUGGAUUGACAUGAAUGAGCCAUCAAACUUUGUGGAUGGAUCUGUCAGGGGCUGCAGCGAUAAAAGUCUUAACAAGCCACCCUAUAUGCCACAUUUGGAGUCCAGGGACAUGGGCCUUAGCAGCAAGACCCUGUGCAUGGAGAGUCAGCAGAUCCUGCCAGACGGCUCACGGGUGCGACACUAUGACGUGCACAGCCUGUACGGAUGGGCCCAGACCAGACCCACUUACGAAGCCCUGCAGGCGGUGACAGGACAGCGAGGGGUCGUCAUCACCCGCUCCACGUUCCCUUCUUCUGGCCGCUGGGGAGGUCACUGGCUGGGAGACAACACGGCCGCGUGGGACCAGCUGAGGAAGUCUAUCAUUGGCAUGAUGGAGUUCAGUCUCUUUGGAAUGUCUUAUACAGGAGCAGAUAUUUGUGGGUUCUUUGGAAAUGCCGAAUAUGAGAUGUGUCUUCGCUGGAUGCAGCUGGGGGCCUUUUACCCAUUUUCCAGAAACCACAACACCAUCGGGACAAGGAGACAAGAUCCUGUGGCCUGGAAUUCAACCUUCGAGAUGUACUCAAGAAAAGUCCUUCAGACCAGAUACGCCCUGCUGCCUUACCUCUACACUUUGAUGCAUAAAGCUCACGUUGAGGGCAGCACUGUCGUCCGACCCCUUCUCCAUGAGUUUACAAAUGACAGAGUGACAUGGGAUAUAGACCGUCAGUUUAUGUUGGGUCCUGCUAUCUUAAUCAGCCCCGUGCUGGAAAGUAACACUUUUGAGAUCCAAGCUUAUUUUCCCAGAGCCCGUUGGUACGACUACAGCACGGAAUCUGGCAAUGCGUCAACAGGUUACUGGAAAACCCUGGAGGCUCCCCUUGACCACAUCAACCUUCAUAUCAGAGGAGGCUACAUCCUGCCUUGGCAAGAGCCUGCAAUGAACACUCAGGCCAGUCGACAAAAAUUUAUGGGAUUGAUUGUUGCUUUGGAUGACAAUGGGAAAGCUGAAGGUCAGAUAUUCUGGGACGAUGGACAAAGCAUUGAUACCUAUGAAAAUGGAAACUAUUUCUUGGCAAACUUUAUAGCAGCUCAGAACAUAUUGCAAAUCCAAACCAUGCACAAUAAGUAUUUGAGUGACUCAAAUCCACUGAAAGUUGGAUAUAUUAAAAUCUGGGGGGUAAAUUCUACUUAUGUGACACAAGUCACUUUUACUUAUGACAACAAGCAAUUCAUGGAGAAGAAUUUCAAGAGUGACCCUUACAAUCAGAUACUAACAAUUCAAUUGACUGACAAGAUUAUCAACCUGGAAAAACUAACUGAGGUUACCUGGAUAUACGGUGGCCCUAUAAUUUCCACUACACCUAUGACAAGUACCUUCCCGACAGAGUCUCUACAUCCUUCUACAGUUACGACUAAGGCUACCACUUUUGAAACUGUUAUCACUAGUUCUGCGACUACUACUAUGACUCUUCCUAUCACAACCACUCCUUUCUCAACAAGUGCUAUUGAAAUGACAACUAGUACUACCAGUUCUGAUCCCACUACACCAUCCUCUACAAGUACCUCUGCUGCUAGUCCUAGUACUCUGCCGAUCACAACCACUCCUUUCCCAACAAGUACUAUUGAAGUGACAACAAGUACCGCUGGUCCUGAUCCCCCUACACCUGCUGCUACAAGUGCUACUACUAGUAGUAGUACUCUUAUCACAACCACUCCUUUCCCAACAAGUACUAUUGAAGUGACAACUAGUACUGCUGGUCCUGAUACCACUACACCUGUUGCUACAAGUACUAGUAGUAGUAGUAGUCCUAGUACUCUUCCUGUCACAACCACUCCUUUCCCAACAAGUACUAUGGAAGGUACAACAAGUACUACUAUUACUAAUAGCACUACACCAUCCUCUACAAGUACCCCUACUGCUAGCACUAGUACUCUGCCGAUCACAACCACUCCUUUUGCAACAAGUACUAUUGAAGUGACAACAAGUACUGCUGGUCCUGAUACCACUACACCUGCUGCUACAAGUACUACUACUAGUAGUAGUCCUAGUACUCUGCCGAUCACAACCACUCCUUUCCCAACAAGUACUAUUGAAGUGACAACAAGUACUGCUGGUCCUGAAACCCCUACACCUGCCGCUACAAGUGCUACUACUAGUAGUAGUACUCUUAUCACAACCACUCCUUUCCCAACAAGUACUAUUGAAGUGACAACUAGUACCGCUGGUGCUGAUACCCCUACACCUGCUGCUACAAGUACUACUACUAGUAGUAGUCCUAGUACUCUGCCAAUCACAACCACUCCUUUCCCAACAAGUACUAUUGAAGUGACAACAAGUACUGCUGGUCCUGAUCCCCCUACACCUGCUGCUACAAGUGCUACUACUAGUAGUAGUACUCUUAUCACAACCACUCCUUUCCCAACAAGUACUAUUGAAGGGACAACUAGUACUGCUGGUCCUGAUACCACUACACCUGCUGCUACAAGUACUACUAGUAGUAGUAGUCCUAGUACUCUUCCUGUCACAACCACUCCUUUCCCAACAAGUACUAUGGAAGGUACAACAAGUACUACUAUUACUAAUAGCACUACACCAUCCUCUACAAGUACCCCUACUGCUAGCACUAGUACUCUGCCGAUCACAACCACUCCUUUUGCAACAAGUACUAUUGAAGUGACAACAAGUACUGCUGGUCCUGAUACCACUACACCUGCUGCUACAAGUGCUACUACUAGUAGUAGUCCUAGUACUCUGCCGAUCACAACCACUCCUUUCCCAACAAGUACUAUUGAAGUGACAACAAGUACCGCUGGUCCUGAUCCCCCUACACCUGCUGCUACAAGUGCUACUACUAGUAGUAGUACUCUUAUCACAACCACUCCUUUCCCAACAAGUACUAUUGAAGUGACAACUAGUACUGCUGGUCCUGAUACCACUACACCUGUUGCUACAAGUACUAGUAGUAGUAGUAGUCCUAGUACUCUUCCUGUCACAACCACUCCUUUCCCAACAAGUACUAUGGAAGGUACAACAAGUACUACUAUUACUAAUAGCACUACACCAUCCUCUACAAGUACCCCUACUGCUAGCACUAGUACUCUGCCGAUCACAACCACUCCUUUUGCAACAAGUACUAUUGAAGUGACAACAAGUACUGCUGGUCCUGAUACCACUACACCUGCUGCUAUAAGUGCUACUACUAGUAGUAGUCCUAGUACUCUGCCGAUCACAACCACUCCUUUCCCAACAAGUACUAUUGAAGUGACAACAAGUACUGCUGGUCCUGAUACCCCUACACCUGCCGCUACAAGUGCUACUACUAGUAGUAGUACUCUUAUCACAACCACUCCUUUCCCAACAAGUACUAUUGAAGUGACAACUAGUACUGCUGGUGCUGAUACCCCUACACCUGCUGCUACAAGUACUACUACUAGUAGUAGUCCUAGUACUCUGCCAAUCACAACCACUCCUUUCCCAACAAGUACUAUUGAAGUGACAACAAGUACUGCUGGUCCUGAUCCCCCUACACCUGCUGCUACAAGUGCUACUACUAGUAGUAGUACUCUUAUCACAACCACUCCUUUCCCAACAAGUACUAUUGAAGGGACAACUAGUACUGCUGGUCCUGAUCCCACUACACCUGCUGCUACAAGUACUAGUAGUAGUAGUAGUCCUAGUACUCUUCCUGUCACAACCACUCCUUUCCCAACAAGUACUAUGGAAGGUACAACAAGUACUACUAUUACUAAUAGCACUACACCAUCCUCUACAAGUACCCCUACUGCUAGCACUAGUACUCUGCCGAUCACAACCACUCCUUUCCCAACAAGUACUAUUGAAGUGACAACAAGUACUGCUGGUCCUGAUACCCCUACACCUGCCGCUACAAGUGCUACUACUAGUAUUAGUACUCUUAUCACAACCACUCCUUUCCCAACAAGUACUAUUGAAGUGACAACUAGUACCGCUGGUGCUGAUACCCCUACACCUGCUGCUACAAGUACUACUACUAGUAGUAGUCCUAGUACUCUGCCGAUCACAACCACUCCUUUCCCAACAAGUACUAUUGAAGUGACAACAAGUACUGCUGGUCCUGAUACCCCUACACCUGCUGCUACAAGUGCUACUACUAGUAUUAGUACUCUUAUCACAACCACUCCUUUCCCAACAAGUACUAUUGAAGGGACAACUAGUACUGCUGGUGCUGAUACCACUACACCUGCUGUUACAAGUACUACUACUAGUAGUAGUACUAGUGCUCUUCCUGUCACAACCACUCCUUUCCCAACAAGUACUAUUGAAGUGACAACUAGUACUGCUGGUCCUGAUACCACCACACCUGCCCAUACACAUACUACUACCAGUAGUAGUACUGGUGCUCUGCCUAUCACAACCACUCCUUUCGCAACAAGUACUAUUGAAGGGACAACUAGUACUGCUGGUGCUGAUACCACCACACCUGCCCCUACAAGCACUACUACUAGUAGUAUUACUAGUACUCUGCCGAUCACAACCACUCCUUUCCCAACAAGUACUAUUGAAGGGACAACUAGUACUGCUGGUGCUGAUACCACCACACCUGCCCCUACAAGCACUACUACUAGUACUAGUACUCUGCCUAUCACAACCACUCCUUUCCCAACAAGUACUAUUGAAGUGACAACUAGUACUGCUGGUCCUGAUACCCCUACACCUGCUGCUACAAGUACUACUACUACUACUACUAGUACUAAUACUCUUCCUGUCACAACCACUCCUUUCCCAACAAGUACUAUUGAAGUGACAAGUACUACCAGUUCUGAUGCCACUACACCAUUCUCUACAAGUACCCCUACUGCUAGCACUAGUACUAGUCCUUUGCAAACAAGUACUAUUGAAAGUACCACUCCUUUGCAAACAAGUACUAUUGAACUUACAACUAGUACUACUAUCACUAAUACCAUUACACCUUCCCCUACAAGUACUAUUUCUAAUACUACACUUCCUAUUACAACCACUCCUUUCCCAACAAGUGCUAGUGAAGCUACAACUAGUACUUCUGGGCCUGAUACCACUACACCUGCCCCUCUAACUAUGAAUGCUAGCACUAGUACUCUUCUUAUCACAACCACUGCUUUCCCAGCAAGUACUAUUGAAUUUACAACCAGUACUACAUAUCCUGAUACCACGACACCCACCCCUACAAGUAUGACUGCUAGUACUACACCUCUUCCUAUCACUCCCACUCCUUUCCCAACAAGUAUUACUGAAGCUACAGCUAAUGCUACCUAUUCUUAUGUCACUAUACCAUCCUCUACAAGUAUUCCUACUGCUAACACUAGUACUCUUCCUGUCACAACCACUCCAUUCCCAACAAGUACUAUUGAACUUACAACUAGUACUAUUAUUCCUAAUACCACUACACCGUCCCCUACAAGUACCACUGCUAGCACUAGUACUCUUCCUGUCACAACCACUCCUUUCCCAACAAGUACUACUGAAGUUACCACUAGUACUACCCAUCCUGAUACCACUACACCUUCCCCUACAACUACGGCUAAUGCUACUACUACUCUUCCCAUUGCAACAGCUCUUUUCCCUACAAGUACUAUUGAAGUUACAACUAGUACUACUAUUCCUGAUACCACUAUACCAUCUGCUACCAGUACUACUGCUAAUACUAGUAGUAUUCAUCCUAUCACAACCACCCCCUUCCCAACGAAUACUACUGAUGCUAGCACCAAUACUAGUGUUCUUAUUACCGCUACUCUUUCCCCAAUAAGUACUGAUACCACUACCAUUAAUAAUAGUGUUUUAAUUACACCCACUGCUUCUCCUAUGAAUGCGGGUGCUAAUACUACUAACAACAGUUUUCCUAUUACGACUCCUUUUUCUGUAAGUACUUAUGAUACAAACACUGCUAUUGCUAUGGUAACGACUUCUUUUACAAGUACUGAUGUUGCUAGCGCUGGCAACCACACUCCUAUUACCAGUUCUCCUUCCCUUAUGAUAUCCGGUGGGAAUAGCACUAGCAUUACUAUUCCUACAACGUCUACUCCUUCUUCUACAGAUAUUUAUUCUCCUAGCACUAGUGUAAUAGCUAAUACCACCACCAACACUGUAAACGGUACAGGGCAUGCAGUAAAUAUUACUGAUGCAGAUAACUCUAACAGUGUUCCAUAUAACACUACCCAUGUUUCUAUUCCAAAUGCUACAAUGGCCUCAGACACAUUGAUGACUGUUCUUCUAGACACAGCAGCUCACAAUCAGGUAACAGCCAACUCUGCAGUUAGUUAUUUACCUAUUGUUGCAACUAAUGCUACCACAGAUAGUACAAAUAUUACCAUAUAUGCUUUAAACACUACCAUUCUUGAUAGAACAACAAUGGAUGCUUCUACUCCUGUAUCUACCUACAUUGCAAACACCGUAAAUGCUACUCUAGUUCCAUGAUUACUACUUGAAGCAGGACAGUUACUAUGGACAUCUCUUUAAAAAAACUAUUACAGGGGCACCUGGGUGGUUCAGCUGGCUAAGAGUCUGACUCUUGAUUUCAGCCUAGGUCAUGAUCUCACAUUUCAUGAGAUCAAGCCCUGCA